AUGACAGACUACCAACCAAACCACCCCCUCGAAACCCUCGGCCCCUUCCACCCCCCAAAAGUCGACCGCCAAGCCAUAAAACCCUCCAUCACCCACCGCAUUACCAUAAAAGUCACCGACCCCCUCAACCACGAAGCCCCCGCCAUCCUCCACGAACCCCGAACAACACCCACAAGCAAACAACCCCCCAGCGCUGUCGUCCUCGUCUCCGGCGCCGGAGGCGGCGUCUCCGGUCCAGCAGGAAUCUACCCCUCGCUAGCAGACAAAAUCGCCCUCCUCCUCUCCAUCCCAUGUAUACGUCUGGACUACCGCGAGCCCGCACAGACGGGGUACUGCGUCGCCGACAUGCAAGCUAGCUUCGACUAUCUGCGCGAUCACUUUAGCGCGAGCCGGUUUGUCAUCGUGGGCUGGUCCUUCGGCGGGAGUCCGUGUUUCACCGUCGCAGCGCGGGAACCCGUCCGCGUCGCAGGCGUAGCGACUAUCGCGUCGCAGACAGCCAGGACGGAGGGUGUGGCUAUGCUUAGUCCGCGGCCGGUGUUGCUGCUGCAUGGUGAGGAUGAUCAUGUUCUUGCGCCGAGUUGUUCGAAGACGCUGUUUAAUGCGUAUGGGGGUGAUGGGGAUCGGGAGAUGAGGCUUUUUCCGGGUGAUGAUCAUGGGUUGACGAGGCAUGCUGCUGCGGUUGAGAAGAAGCUUUUUGGGUUUGUGGUUAAGUGUUUGGGGUUGAGUGAGGGGUUGGGGUGGGAUGUUAUGUGGCAGGCUGGUCAGGAUUUGGUUGGUGAGAGGGAGGGGAGGGUUAAGGAGAUGGAGAUGGGGAGGGAUCUUGAGGGGGGUGAGAGGUUAUUUUGA